GAGCCGGCGGUGGCUGCGGCGCCUCGCUCCGCCCGCUGCUGCUCGCUCCUCGUCUGCCCUCGAGCCCUCCAUCCGCGCCCCAUGGAGCUGCUGUGCGUGGAAGCCGCGCCCCGUGCUCCCCGCGCCGGCCGCGACCCGCAGCUGCUGGGGGACCGGCGGGUGCUGCAGAACCUGCUGAGCCUGGAGGAGCGCUACAGCCCCCGCGUGUCCUACUUCCAGUGCGUGCAGCGCGAUAUCCAGCCCUACAUGCGGAAGAUGUUGGCGUUCUGGAUGCUGGAGGUGUGCGAGGAGCAGAAGUGUGAGGAGGAGGUUUUCCCGCUGGCCAUGAACUACGUGGAUCGUUACCUGUCCUCGGUGGCCGUGCAGAAGAACCACCUGCAGCUGCUGGGAGCUGUGUGCAUGCUGCUGGCCUCCAAGCUGAGGGAAACCAUGCCCCUGACCGUGGAGAAGCUCUGCAUCUACACCGACAACUCCAUCACCCCCCAGGAGCUGCUGCACUGGGAGCUGCUGGUGCUGGAGAAGCUCAAGUGGGACCUGGUGUCGGUGAUUGCCAACGAUUUCCUGCCUCACAUCCUGCACCGGCUGCCACUGCCCGCAGACAAGGUGGAGCUGGUGAAGAAACACGCCCAGACCUUCAUCGCCCUCUGUGCCACAGACUACACCUUUGUGAUGUACCCCCCGUCCAUGGUCGCCACGGGCAGCAUCGGGGCCGCCGUCCACGGCCUGACCCUCUCGGUGAGCGGCUUCAGCGGCGAGGCCGUCACGGAGCUGCUGGCCGGGAUCACGGGCACGGAGGUGGACUGCCUGAAGGCCUGUCAGGAGCAGAUCGAGGCUGCCUUAGCCGAGAGCCUGAAGCAGGCAUCCCAAUCCCAGCAGGAAUUCAGCACCAAGACGGCGCCGUACGGGAGCACCCAACCCACGAGCACCCCCACGGACGUCACCGACGUCAACCUGUGACCAACCGCCCUUCCCCAGAGCUCCAGCCCCUCCCUGGACACCCCCAGCUUGCUGCAUCCCCCCUGCCCACCCAGCACCUCCGAGGGGCCCUUCCCAGGCUGGGAACGUGGAGCAGGAUCCAUGCUCGGAGCUGCUGCAGGUGGCCGUGGUGGGGGAGUGAUGCGGGAGCCUGGAUGGAUUUGGAAUUGCUCCUCUGUUGGUGUUCCCCGGCUCUCUGAGGCGUUCACGGCGACUUCCAGCCCCGUGAAGGACAGAAUCAUGGAGAGCCAACCCUGCAGGACCCGAAUCCUCAUCACCCCCAGCUCCUGCGGGGCUCGUGGAGCAGCUGCUUGGUGGCCCCUCGGUCCUGAUUGCUUCGUGCCACAUUGCCACAGCUCCGGGGGGAAGCUGUGCAGCUGCUUCUGCUUGGAGAGGACCCGUGGGGCUUGUUUGUUUUUUGCUGUUGGAUGUGGGAUUUUGGGGACGUGCUCCCCGGCCGUGCCUUGGGAAGAGUUUGGGGUCGGGCGCCGUCCCCUCGGCUUUUCCCGCUGGCCCACGGAGGCUGCUUAAUUUAUUGUUCACUGCUGGGAAACGGGGAGGGAGGAGAGCUGGCAUUCCUCCGGGUGGGUCCUGGAUGCUGCUCUCCUCUCCUUCCCAAAAAAGUGCCUUCCCCCUUCACCCCUUCCCUGGCUCCCCGAGCAGUGGGAGCCUCUCCUUGGAGGCUGGUUGGUCCUUUGGUAGCUUAGGCAUCAGAGUAGGAUUUAAGGAAAAACCUUUAAAUGUGCUGCUAUAGUCUGGGAUGCAUCUCCACUCUUCCAGGGCAGGGAUUUCGGAUCACGCUCAGGAGGGGGCUGUGUUCACCUGAGCUGCCUCCUGAGAGGGUGGAAAACUUUGCUACGCACUUGAGUUGGAAAAGCAAUUACUGCAUUUUUGUAUUAUUGUCGUUGAUCCUGUUAGUUUUUUACGAAAAUUGUUGUAAAGCAGGGAGAAAAAAAAAAAAUAAUGCUGCUUUUCUAUGAGAAAACCAUUACAGAGUGGAAUUAACCAGGAGAAGCCAGAGGCUCCACAGGGAUGGGAAGCAGACACUGCUGCUGCUUGGGGAGCUCUGGACGUGUGGCUGUUGUCCUCCCGCGGGGGAUGUGGAAAAGGAGGUAGAAAUCUUCCUUUUUGGAUGCCACCAGCCACACAAAAAUUUGGCGGAAAAAGGUGGGGCUGCUGCUCCUCCCUGAGCCUGCCUGGUCCGGAAAGCCCCGGAGCCGCUGCCUCCUGUGAGCAGGAGGGCUGGGACAGCCUGGCUGUGCAAAAGGAAAUGUGUUUCCCCUUUUAUAUAUAUGUAUGUAUAAAAAUGAGUUUUUAAUUUAAAUUGUAAACUGGUGUGGUGUUCAUUCGCAUGAAUCCCGCUGCUGGGAGAGCCAGAGAACCCUGUGAUGUUGCAAUAAAAUAUUUUAAGCAAAAAAAAAAAAA